GUGUCGAGGAGUAUCAGGCUGCCUUUCAAAGCAACUUGAGCGGAAAUCGUGAUGUUCACGUAGCUACUGCAAUGUGUUUCGCUUUCAGAUGCUCUAACGAAGACGGAGCAAACCUAUUUGACCUACUUUCUUGCUUUCAUGUAGCUUUCAUGACCACUUCAUCAUGCCAGUUGAACUGGCUAUGCCACUUCUUCUGCCAAAUGAUGACUUCCAAAACAGAAAGAUUUCAAAGUUCAAGAGACCUCUGCGACCAUGUCUACACCUCCGUCAAAUUCAGCCUGGCUUUAACUCCCCUCUCCAGCAGUCAGAGUGGAAUGGGGCAAGCCAGCCUUCAGGAGUCCAUGGCAAAGCUAAAAAACGGGUGUCUUUUGCUGACCAUAAGGGCUUAGACCUCACAAUGGUGAAGAUAUUCUCAGAAUUUGAUGACCCUAUUGCCGUCCCACUAAGCAUUCAAGAACAUUUCACUUCAGUGCUCACUGUCUCUGAAGAGGAGAGUGAGCUGGUUCUUAACUUUGCCCAGCCAUCCGCAGAUUACUUGCAAUUUCGUCAGCGCCUGGAGGAAAACUUUGUGUCCCUUGAACACUGCACUCUGAAGGACAGGGCUGUGGUGGGCACUGUCAAAGUCAAAAACCUCUCAUUUGAGAAGUCUGUUAAAGUGCGUGCUACAUUUGACACAUGGAAGACCUGCACAGAUGUAGACUGUCACUAUGUUAAUGACACUUACUCAGGCUCCGAGUGGGACACCUUCUCGCUGGAGGUGGAUUUACCGGAACAGAUGCGGCCACAUGAACGAGUUGAGUUUGCAGUCUUUUAUGUGGUGAAUGGUCUCACAUAUUGGGACAAUAACCUAGGGCAGAAUUAUAGAAUUAUCCACUCCGCACUAAAGAAGAGUUCAAAUGACUUAUCCGUUGGCUAUCGGCACUAUGGCACCAGUGACUGGGAUGUUUACUUUGACAGGUAUGGCAGUCCCAGGUGUUCUCAUGGAAUCUUUCCAGAGUGGCCAAGCUAUGCUGGGUAUGAGGAUCUUGGUCCAUAUUACUGAUGAUUGACAUUUAGAAAAAGGUUAAGUGCAUUUAUGCAACAAAAGCAUGAGGUUAUCUAUAUCAUCAGUUAUAACCAACAACAGCAGUUUUUAGCAAAAUAGAUCUUUAACAGCAAUGUCAAGUCCUGUUUUUCCCUCUGCUUAUUGAGGAAAACAGUACAAUCAAACAAGUUAUUUAGUUUGUUUAGAGAGUGCAAUACCAAUAUAUAUAUUUUUAUUGUUACGCAAAUGCAAGAAAACCUGUAUGUUAUGUGAAUUGUGGAUCAAUAUUUUAGACUCCAAAUAUCAGUCUUCUCUCAGAAGUGAAAUGGAGUUUGGAAUGGCUUUGCCUUUCCUGCACUGCUGCUUUAAUGAAUGUUUUGAGCAUUACCAGGGACUGCUAAAUCAGUACAUUCAGUAAAAUACAUGGUAAUAUGUGAAUAAGUUUCAUAGGCUAGAUAUUUAAUAUAUCUUUCAUUCCAAGACUGUUAAAGAUAUCGAAAAAUUUGAGCUAAAAUAAAUCUUUAAUUUCUCCUGUCUUGAGUUAUGAUAAAAAAAGAAAAACUGUAAUCAAGAGACUGACUAAACACCAUAACAGUCUGCUGGAUUGUGAGGAUCCGAGAGUUAAAUAAAUAAAUGUAUAUCAAGGAAUCAGUGAUAAUGAUGUCCUUUAUAUUCAUGGAUUAUGUGUAAUCUAAUACAUUUUGUAUAUUUUACACAAAAUACACAUUUUGUAUAUUUGGUUGCAUAAUCCACUUGUUUGAUCAACACCCUAUAGUUUCCCAUGUUUGAAUAAUACAGCAGUUAAUACAAUGCCUAAGACAAAUUCUUUUAUUGGUCCAUGUUAUAUACAUGUAUAUAAAUGUGCACAUAUUUUAAUGCAGAGAACAUCUAUGUUUUUGUCAUUUGUUAUUUUAAUUCUUGUUGACCAGUCUUCCUUUUAAGUUCUUUUGAACAAAUAUCUUUCAUUUUGGUAUGGUGAAGGGAUGCACUUUGAUUCAUAUGCCAAAUGCAGUGUUUUAUGCCAUAGUUUUACAAUUUAGCAGAUUUAUUAGUAUGUUGUUUAUAUCUUUCGUUCGGGUUUUUGUGUGAAUAUUGCAUUUUUGCAUAAAAAAUGCAAAAUUUCAAAUGUCUUGUAAAUAUUGUCUUUUUGGGAUGUUGGAAUGUUCAG